AUGGUGGUGGUGGUGGCGGGCUCAGCAGGGCUAGGGGAACACCAUCAUCGCCAGCUUGGCCAGCCGCCGGCGGUUGAUCUCCCGCAGGGCGCUGCAGCACGUCUACCGGCCGUGGAAGGCUUCGCGGUGCUGGAGCCGCCGGUGGACGAGGCGGCGGCAGCGGAGAGGGUGGGCGAGGUGACCUCGCUCCUCGCCGCCUUCGCCAGCCACCUCCAGGAGAGGACCGCGCACCAUCUGGGAUACCCGGUCAAUCUGCAAUUCGAUUUCAGCUUGCUCGCGCAGUUCCAGAGGUUCUCCAUCAACAACCUGGGCGACCCUUUCAUCGAAAGCAACUACGGCGUGCACUCCAAGCAGUUUGAGGUCACCGUGCUUGACUGGUUCGCUCGCCUCUGGGACCUCCAGCAGGACAACUACUGGGGCUACAUCACCAACUGCGGCACCGAGGGAAAUUUACACGGCCUACUAGUUGGGAGAGAGCUUUUUCCUAAUGGGAUUAUAUACACGUCCCGUGAGUCACAUUACUCCGUCUUCAAGGCAGCUAGGAUGUACAGAGUUGAGUGUGUCAAGAUCGACACUAUGGUAACUGGAGAGAUGAACUGCGCAGAUUUCGAGUCCAAGCUGAUGCAGAACCCCAAGAGUCCAGCGAUUGUCAACGUGAAUAUAGGGACAACCGUCAAGGGAGCAAUUGAUGACCUUGACAGGAUUAUAAAAACACUUGAAAAAUGUGGAUUUCAAGAUCGAUUUUACAUCCAUUGUGAUGGUGCUCUGGCCGGCCUUAUGAUGCCAUUUAUCAAACAAGCACCAAAGGUGACAUUCAAGAAGCCUAUUGGAAGUGUGAGCGUGUCUGGUCACAAGUUAUUGGGAUGCCCGAUGCCAUGUGGUGUGCUAAUAACAAGGCUCGAGCACAUAAAAGUGCUCUCUACCGACAUCGAGUGCAUAUCAUCUAGAGACACGACUAUCAUGGGGAGCAGGAACGGGCACGCGCCGAUGUUGUUGUGGUACACGCUGAACAAGAAGGGUUACCUAGGCAUCCGUGAAGAUGUCGAGAAGUGCUUGGCAAACGCUCAUUACCUUGCAAACCGUCUCAAGGAGAUAGGAGUAAGUGUUUUUCUGAAUGCAUUGAGCAUCACGGUAGUUUUUGAGAGGCCACGAGACGAGGCAUUCGUGCUCAAGUGGCAACUCUCUUGCGAGGGUAGCAUUGCACAUGUCGUAGUCAUGCCCAACGUCAGCAUAGAGAAGCUCGAUGGCUUCGUCGAAGAGCUCGUGACUAAGCGAACUUCAUGGAAAGAAGGCAAAGGGUCUAGCAUACCUUGUGUUGCAAUGGACAUAGGGAAAGAUAGCUGUCUCUGUGGUGCGCAUACCAAGACCUUCCAAGAUUAG